AUGGAAAUACCAGGCAAUAUCACAGAAUUUUUCAUGCUGGGACUCUCACAGAAUCCAGAGGUGCAGAGAAUUCUCUUUGUGGUUUUUUUGAUUUUCUAUGUGCUCACGGUUUGUGGCAAUGUGCUCAUUGUGGUCACCAUCACUUCCAACCCCACCCUGGCCUCCCCCAUGUAUUUUUUCUUGGCCAACUUGUCCUUUAUUGACACAUGCUAUUCUUCCUCUAUGACCCCUAAACUUAUUGUUGACUCCUUAUAUGAGGGGAGAGCCAUCUCUUAUGAAGGCUGCAUGACUCAGCUCUUUGGAGCCCAUUUUUGGGGAGGCAUUGAAAUCAUCCUGCUGACAGUGAUGGCCUAUGACCGCUACGUGGCCAUCUGCAGGCCCCUGCACUACACGACCGUCAUGACCAGGCAUCUCUGUGCCCUGCUGGUGGGGGUGGCUUGGCUGGGGGGCUUCCUGCAUUCACUGGUUCAGCUCCUCCUCAUCCUUCAGUUGCCCUUCUGUGGGCCCAAUGUGAUCAAUCACUUCGUCUGUGACUUGUACCCUUUGCUGGAACUCGCCUGCACCAACACUUAUGUCAUUGGUCUGCUGGUGGUCGCCAACAGUGGUGUGAUCUGCCUGUUGAACUUCUUCAUGCUGGCUGCCUCCUACAUCGUCAUCCUGCGCACCCUGAGGUCCCACAGUGCAGAGGGGAGACGCAAAGCCCUCUCCACCUGUGGGGCCCACUUCACCGUUGUUGCCUUGUUCUUUGUGCCCUGUAUAUUUACUUAUAUGCAUCCAUCAUCUACUUUAUCUAUAGACAAAAACAUGGCAGUAUUUUAUGGUAUUCUGACACCCAUGUUGAAUCCAUUCAUUUACACUCUGAGAAAUAAAGAGGUAAAAAAUGCCAUGAGAAAGCUCUUCACACAAUAA